GUGGCACUGCCAAUGUACAAGCUUGAUGUCCUUGAGAAAACUUUCAUUUAUCUUGGAGAGAUGAGUUUGGUGACUGAGAAUGAAUGACAGAAUCUUGUGUAUUCACUCUAACUUGUCCUCUGUCCCUUGGGACAGCCCCACUGCAGGUAGGACAAUGUCUGGUGUCUGCACUAGCGGCCCUUCUAUUCAGCAACCUAACCUCAUAUGGCUUCCACACCUCCAAAUGUACCAUGAUAUCAGGUAUACACCCUUGGCCUGUAGCCUCAGGGAGCCAACAUGUUCCUGCUCCCAGGAGAAACCGUGUGGGCACAUCCCCCUGGAUGUGGCCUCCAGUUCUCCUUCACCUGGGCACUACCAUGUCUUAUAUCAAGGGGCUGGAGAGAGUCAGGUGACCUGGCACGGGGAGACAUACUGUAUGGUCGGUGCCUACCGUACAUAUGGAGAUGUCCCCCUGGCCACCCCAGCAAAGGAAGAAGCAGAGAAUCCAGCACCUCAACCCUUGAGCUCCCCAAGAGGCACCCAAGAGGGUGCCCCCAAGAGGCACGACACAUUUUCCGAUUCAGACACUGAGCUAGGCUGCUCAAAACCCAAGAUUCAACACUUAGAGCCUGGUGACAGGAGGCAGAAGAUCACUGGCUGAGUCCUCUUUGGAGAGAACCCAUCCAAAUACCUGAGACUUUUCCUGCCUCUCCCCUCCAACAACCCAUUUCACUUACACCUUUGCUUACCUCAGCCCUUUGGUC